UGGCAGCCCGACGCUUCGCAGCCGUCCUGCCGGCUGUGCUCGAAGCCGUUCACGCUGCUGCGGCGGCGGCACCACUGCCGCAGCUGCGGCCAGGUCGUGUGCGACAGCUGCUCGACCGGCCGCCGUCCCGUGCCGGGGUCGCCGACCCCGAAGCGGGUGUGCGACAACUGCGUCCGCGCGAGGAAC